CUUUCCAUCAAAUUUGUUAACUAUAUAAUUCGAAACCCGUGAAGUCUCUUUUAUCCAUCUUCAAUCUUCUUUAUUUCCUUAAAAAUCCCCAAAUCUUCACGUUUCUUUCUCUUCUCAGUUCUCACGUAUCACGUUACUUUUCAAUCUGCAUUUUCUCUCUCCAUGGCUUCGGUUACAUGUUAUGCAGCUCCGGUCACGAUCCGAGCAUCUUCCGGAUCCGGAUCCACAAAAAACCCGGAUUCAAACCGCAAGAAAUCUGUUAAUUGGUGGGCUCCUCUCUUCGGUUUAUCCUCCAAUCCCGAUUACCUUAACAUUGAAAUCUCCUCCGUGAACCCGGAAUCGAAUCUGGGUAAAACCGAUAUCUCCGGGUCGGGUCAAGAUUCCGGUCAGAAGCUCCGUCGCGGUUGUCUCACGGAGGAGAAAGCUAGGCAGUUGAGGAAGAAAAUCGCAGAAGCUUCCACGUUCCACGAAGUUAUGUAUCAUUCCGCGAUUGCUUCUCGGCUUGCGUCUGAUAUCUCCUGCCGGGUCGAGGAUGAAUCAAGUUCGGGUUAGAUCUGGAGAUGAAUCACAAAUAUGUAAUUCGUCGAAUCGAAAAUGCGUUUCCCUUUCCUUUUUUUCUCCUUGUUCCUGUAGGGUGCAGACUAUCUUCUAUCGGUGCUCCUUUUUCAUUAAAACCGUUGGAUUGUGCAUGGUCUUUUGUAUUGUAAAGUCUCAGGAACCGUUGGAUCGUUAAUCAGUAAAUUCUUUUUUUUUUUAACUUGUUAA